AUGCGAUUUUCCGUUUUUCUUCUACUCGUCGCCGGAAUUUCGAUAGCGACGGCCUCAAUACACUGCUAUUAUGGAUCAAUGACCGAUUAUGGAAACACGAAAGUGAAGCAGAUUGGCAAAAUGGAAUGCCCGUCACACACGCGACAAUGUUUCAAAACCUUCACUUAUGGUCAGCCAUCGGUUUAUGGGUAUUCCUGUGCGGAUCCGAAUACAUAUUAUAAUAGUCCAAAUCGUUGCGUGUAUCAAGGAAAUUCCGGAUAUUGUUUGUGCAGCGGCAAUUAUUGUAAUUCGUCAAAAACGUCGUCGCAGAUGCUCGCCGUCGUCUCAGUUCUUUCAUUUUUCUAUUUCAAAUAA